GGGACGCGGGGUGACUUUUGCCCUCCUGGAAUAACAAGAAAAUGAGUGUCGCCUCUGUUUUUGUCGGUCCGCCGUAGACCCGCGGUCCCCAUGUGCGCACUCCGAUGACCUUUCCGUCUCGGGUGAUCCAGGGGUGCACGGCGCAGGCACGACCACGGAGGCCGAAAGCGCAGCGGAACCUCCCGGCUCCAGGUUCCGGUUUCCGCAUGCGCUCCGAGUCGGUUUGGGCGACGGUCCCGGGAACCCGGAGCGCUAAGGAGAACGGACCUCAGAGGUUGUCUGAAGGCCGAGGCCAAGAUGGCGGCGCUAUCAGCUCCUGGCCUGCGCGGCUUCUGGAUCCUUGGUCUGCGCUCCAGCGUGGGCACAGCUGUGCAGGCACGAGGUGUCCAUCAGAGCGUGGCCACCGAUGGCCCAAGCAGCACCCAGCCUGCCCUGCCAAAGGCCAGAGCCGUGGCUCCCAAACCCAGCAGCCGGGGCGAGUAUGUGGUGGCCAAGCUGGAUGACCUCGUCAACUGGGCCCGCCGGAGUUCUCUGUGGCCCAUGACCUUCGGCCUGGCCUGCUGCGCCGUGGAGAUGAUGCACAUGGCCGCACCCCGCUACGACAUGGACCGCUUCGGCGUGGUCUUCCGCGCCAGCCCGCGCCAGUCCGACGUCAUGAUCGUGGCCGGCACACUCACCAACAAGAUGGCCCCAGCGCUUCGCAAGGUCUACGACCAGAUGCCGGAGCCGCGCUACGUGAUCUCCAUGGGGAGCUGCGCCAACGGAGGAGGCUACUACCACUACUCCUACUCGGUGGUGAGGGGCUGUGACCGCAUCGUGCCCGUGGACAUCUACAUCCCAGGCUGCCCACCCACGGCCGAGGCCCUGCUCUAUGGCAUCCUGCAGCUGCAGAGGAAGAUCAAGCGGGAGCGGAGGCUGCAGAUCUGGUAUCGCAGGUAGCGCCGCCACCGGAGCCUGUCACCGUCCUGUCCCCAGCCUGCUUGUGUCCCGUGAGGUUGUCAAUAAACCUGCCCUCGGGCUGCUGCCUCC